AUGAAUUUCGAAUACACAGCAGAAGAAGAUCUGUCAGCACCGAUCAAUUUCAAAGUCGGCCGAAAAUGGAAAAUCAAAAACAAACUAGAUGCGGGAGGGUUUGGGCAGGUGUACCGUGUCGAGCAUAUGAAACGUAAAGGUGAAUAUGCCGCACUGAAAGCUGAGCCGAACAAUGUUGAAGGAGGAUCCGCCAUUAAACUCGAACUCAAGAUUUUAGAUUUUUUUUUUUGGUUUUCCAACAGCGAUUACGAGCCGCAUCUUUUGACGCUCAUUUGA